AUGUGGAAACACGGACGCCUUGCCGCUGUGGUGCUCGCCAGUGUGGUGGCAGCGGAGGACUUUCUGUGCCGUUGCGACUGGAAAGACAACUAUUGGUUGCACAUCGCGGAGGAUUUGGGGCACAUUUUCGCGAGUCCCACGGACUUCUUCGAGGCCCCAACAAGUGACGCCAACCGUAGCAGGCGUUGGCAGGGCCAGUGGCAACUGCUGCAGCUGGCGGUGACAGAUGGUCUAUGCAGGCUAGAUCCGAGUCGCACGGUGCCCUUGGACGCUGGAAGACUUCGCUUCAAUCCCAGCUGGGUACAGCUAGAUGAGAAGGGCCAACCCAGGAAUGUGCUGCCAGAGAUAUUUUUUGGCGAGUUAUGUGUGCCAGGGAUGAUCGCGACCAACUUGUUGUGUGCCCUGCACUUCACCUUCACCUUCCAGGAGGGGAGGCCAGUUCGAUCCCUUCUGACCUUUUUUGUUGAUGACAAUGGUCUAGGACGGCUGCUGGAUGGAAAGCCAAGCUUCAAUGCCUUACCCGCAGGAUUGACCAAGCAUACUAGGAAUGUGCUGCCACAGAUAUUCUUUGGCGAGUUAUCUGUGCCAGGGAUGAUCGCGACCAACUUGUUGUGUGCCCUGCACUUCACCUUCACCUUCCAGGACGGACGGCUGCUGGAUGGAAAGCCAAGCUUCAAUGCCUUACCCGCAGGACGGCUGCUGGAUGGAAAGCCAAGCUUCAAUGCCUUACCCGCAGGAUUGACCAAGCAUACUAGGAAUGUGCUGCCAGAGAUCUUUUUUGGCGAGUUAUGUGUGCCAGGGAUGAUCGCGACCAACUUGUUGUGUGCCCUGCACUUCACCUUCACCUUCCAGGAGCCUAACUUUUUCCUGGCCGGCCGCCAUGCACGACGUCUCCAGCAGCUGCUACCAUGGGUCCAGUCCUGCUGGGCCGCGCCCUGGGCCGCCCUGCACCUGGAGGACUUGGAGAACUUCGCGGAGCGCUGGGCGCAGCGAACGGCGCUGAAGCCGGUGACAUCGUUGCUGUUUCAAGGGGUCAGUCACCCCAUCCCUGCCGCCUCCUUGUCCCCAGCCUUGCGCCGCUGUUGGCCCGUACGCUCUUCGGGCUGCUGGCCCAAGCUGUCGCGAGUCGACAAGGCCAGCUGCAGCAUGUGCUGCGAUCCGCGCUUCACACGAGGGGACCCCACCUGCUUCCUAGGAGAGUGGACCUUUGAACGCUGCUGUCAAUCGGAGGAUCCAGCAGGGUGGCCUCCAGGCCCCAAGCCCGUUGAAGUUGAGGCCAUCCCCGACGAGCUCCUGGAAGAGCUGCGCCGGGAGCUCUCGACAGCAACGACGAGCACGGCGCUUCCGUCGUCGUUUUCGACGGAGCGGCGGGUGAGGUUGCACCCUGCCGGGUCGGCUCGCUGCUUCCUGGCAGAUCUGGGGAAGCCCGCGGAGCUUCAGUCCUUGCUCGAGCCUGUGUUGCAGUACCUCACGGAGAACUCUGACCUGCUGUGCGCAAAAUUUUCGAAGGCAGAAGUCUUGGUCCUGCACAAUGCUGGAAGCCUCGGUCGUUUAGCCUACACUCAACAGUUGGCUGCAGACUCAGCGGCCGCGCUUGAUUUGAACGUCACCAGCUUUGUGCUGCUCACACAGAUGCUUCUCCAGCGUUUUUCGAAGCAGGUGAAAUUGCCAAAGAGCAACGUCCGCAUCGUUUUCGUGAACAUCUCCAGCCUUUUGGCACUGCAGGUAGGGAGCAGUUGCCUGCUCCUCAUCCCUGGACCCAACGUCAGCCAGGUGAUGCCUUCGUGGUCUCUCUAUGCCACUGGGAAGGCGGCAAGAGAUAUGUACAUGCUCGCAGUAGCAGCUGAUGUGCAGAAAUGUGCCAUGGAUGUGCGCACGUUAUCUUGGGCGCCUGGACCCAUGGAUACGCAGAUGAUGAAGGAGAUUUUGACCACAUGUCCUGACGACGAAGUAUUGAAGCAAUUCCAGGAGAUGGAGAAGCAAGACCGGCUGGUGAAGCUGGUGGACAGCGCCGAGAAGUUGAUGAAGUUGUUGAAGGAGGACAGCUUUCAGAACGCAGCUCACAUCGACUUCUUCGAUGUUUGAGGUGAUUUGCAGUAGAUACUAACAGUAGAUAGGACUCCCACGUCUCCAGCAAAUUUUAAUGUGGCCGUGUGCCUGCAUGCUGUGUACGCAUGGGAAGAAA